CUACUCCAACUAGUUUGAAAUUGAAGAAGGGAAAGAGAAAGAAAAGAAGGAGAUGAGACGAGAAAGGGUGUAAAAGGCAAAGCAAUGAGAUCUCAGUAGAAACCACCGCAACCGAACCUAACGAUCUCAAUCUCAUCAGUCAUCUCAUCACACCACACACGAAAAUGCAAAACCCAUCAUCUUCACCAUCACCGGCAGCAGCAGCAGCAGCAGCAGCAGCAGCAGCACCCCCUCCAUCGCACCACUUCCCUUCUUCACUCCCAUUCUUCAACAGCCUCCGAGAUCCAAAGCCGAAACCCUCCCUCCUCCUCUACGCCUUCCUCUUCAUCUCGCUCCUCUCCCUCACCCUCAUCCUCUCCUUCUCUCUCUCCCCCUCUUCCUCCGCCCCUCACUCGGGACCCGACCCGUUUCUCUACCCGACCCACACCCACCGCCUCGUCUACCACACCCACAAAGCCACCCCCUCGCCUCCCUCCCUCGCCUACCUCAUCUCCGGCUCCCGCGGCGACUCGGCUCGGAUCCUCCGCCUGCUCCACGCCGCCUACCACCCGCUCAACGUCUACCUCCUCCACCUCGACCCCUCCGCGCCCCACGCCGACCGCGAGCGCCUCGCCCUCGCCGUCCAGGCGCACCCCGUCUUCAAGGCCGCGCAGAACGUGCACGUCGUCGGGAAGCCCGAUUUUGCGUACCCCAAAGGCUCCUCGCCCGUUUCGCUCAACCUCCGCGCCGCCGCGGUUUUGCUCCGCCUGUCGCCGCGCUGGGACUGGUUCGUUAGCCUCACCGCCGAUGCUUACCCUCUUGUUACGCAGGAUGAUCUUCUUCACAUAUUGUCUUUUCUGCCUAAGGAUAUCAACUUUGUGAAUCAUUCAAGUUAUAUUGGAUGGAAAGAAGCAAAGAAGUUGAAACUGAUUAUUGUUGAUCCGGGUCUGUAUCUCUCUGAAGGGACUGAAAUGUUUUAUGCGACUCAGCAAAGAGAACUCCCUAGUGCUUAUCGCGUGUUUACAGGUUCACCUUUUUCUAUCUUAAGUCGCAGGUUCAUGGAGUUCUGCAUCUUGGGAGAAGACAACCUCCCAAGGAUUCUACUGAUGUAUUUUGCAAACACACCUUCAUCCUUGUCCAACUAUUUUCCUACAGUUAUCUGCAAUACCCGGAAGUUUAACAAGACAGUCAUAAAUCAAAACUUAUUAUAUGCUAUCCCUGAUGGCCGUAGAAACGAUCUUCGACCACUCAAUUCCACUGAUUUUGAUGACAUGAUUCGUAGUGGAGCUGUCUUUGCUCAAAAGUUCCAGAAAGAUGACCCUGUGCUUGAUCUCAUUGACCAAAAACUUUUGGGUCGAAGUCCUAGAUCAGUUGUUCCAGGGGGAUGGUGCUUAGGUGAGCCUGGGAAUAGCACGUGUUUAACUUGGGGUGAUGCCAAGAUUUUGAGACCUGGUACAGGUUCUCAACGACUUGAGAAGGCAAUAGUUGAAUUGCUGGCAAAUGGCACUUUCCGAUCGCGCCAGUGUAUAUAUGAAUGAACUGACUCUAGCUUGACAUCUCGCAAUGCAGCGGAAUAGAAAUCCACCUUGAAAGAAACUCAAAAGGAUUGGUAACAACUAUAAGAAUGGUGUUUGUUCCUUAUCUACUAAAAAUCUUGUAGCAUAGUCAGGGUAUGGAUUUUUUUGGGCGGUGCUUUAUACAACAUAGGUAUGAAUGAGUAUGUAUUCUGUUAGCACAAUUAAUUUUUUGCCAUUUCUGAUUGGCAUUUUUAUAAUUUAAGAUGAAUAUCAGUAUAGAAGCACAAUUACUUCGUCCUUGAACGCUUUAAAAAGUGGACAAAAAUGCACCUCUAGGUGGGAAUUCUUUCUGUUCUGUGUUUACAAUUAUGUGCCAAGGUGCUAGCUUCAAGUGCUUUAAAUGUUUACACAGGUAUGCUCUGUUACUGGUGUCUAAAACCACGAGAACAUAUUGGGUUUAGAUGAUGUGAUGAAGUUGUUAAGUUACAACUUUAUAACUAAUAAGAUAAAUUUUGGUUUCUUUGGUAGGGGAGAUAGAAACUGAUGAGUAUAAUACAUAUACAUGCUGCAUUUACUCUCAUUUCAUCUUUAUUGAACAUUCUAAUACUAAAUUGGUUACAUUUACACUC